CUACAUUACAGUCUCAAGUCAACAGGAAUUCUAGGAGUGCGCUGCCCAUCAUCCCAACGUCCCAUAAAACGAGUGCACCGGCAAGAUGAUCCAAUUCUCCGAAGAAUCAAAGGAACGCAUCUCCAAAAUCUUGGACAUUACCCGCGAAGUCGUUCAUUAUGGUUAUCUACCUCUCAUCCUUUACCUCGGAUACACGCGCAGCGAGCCCAAGCCAGCUUUGAUCAGCCUGAUAUCUCCCUUUGCGAACUGAUCUGGACGUACGUCAAAGUACCGUGUAAUAUCAUCGAACACCCCGAGCAUGAGUUUGUACCAACCAGUGGAUGACAAGAGCAAGGGAAUUGCAUGAACCUAGUGUUGUGCUUUCAGUAAUAGCACUUCUCAUCUCAGGAUGUCCUCCGAUCCAUAUGAGAUGUUUCCGAACAGCCGCCGGGCCUAGCUAAUGCUUGAGCCCAAGAACUUUGUAAGACAGAUACCAUCAUAGCGAUGAAUGAUAUUCUUGACUCCUAUAUACUUUGGGUGAUGGUUACCUGAGAGUUGGAAGGCCUUCUCGUGGGACAAACCAGACAGGCAGCAGACCUCACGGAGAAUUACUCUAUAGCAUUCUCCUGGAUAUAAAACUUGACGAUCAUGGAGAAGUUCGACCAUUGAAGUCAAUCUUCAAUCCAUCCAGCCAUGUCUUCCGACCGCCCUUCGCAAAUUGGCCAAUGGGAGCGCGGACAUCCAUCCUGAAACUCGAAACUUGGGCAAGUUGAUCAUGGGCCUUUUCGUAGCACACUGGAUAAGAGCAAGAGCACGAAUGCAACAGCGCACUCUCCCGGGCAGUUCAUUGUCGCACAGAUCAGACAGAUUCUCGGACAGUCCUUGCAAUGAGAAAUUGAUUGGGC